CAACCACCAUCCCCCACCACUGGGCGGAUGCAGCCCCUUCUCCUUCUCCCCUUCCUCGUUCUACCGACACAUGCAUCGUUACCGCGAGUCGAUUUUGACCGUAUGGGCAAGGUUGGCCUGGCUGGCGCGUUCGCUGGGUUAGACUUGUUCUCCAACAACACGGUCCCCUUUGACAACUCAGUUUCAACGUUGUUCGCCCGUGCCACCAACGGCUCCCUUGACCGCCUCGCUUCAUCCAACUCAGGAGGAUCAAUUGUCGCUGCUUGUGCCCUUAACAACGUCCUCUAUUUCUCCGGAUCGUUUUCGUCGAUCGGCUCGACUUCUGCCUCUAAUAUCGCCUCUUAUACUCCCUCGACCGAUACUUUCGCCGCUCUAGGCUUGAAUGGACCAAAUGGUGUUGUCGAUGCCCUCUUUUGCGACUCGAAAAAUGGCAAAGUUUGGGCUGGAGGUAGCUUUUCGUCGCCUGGUUCUUCCGUCGCGGUCUGGGACACGAAGGGGUCAUCGUGGUCUGCACCUCCGUUCAAGGGCCUUUCGGGUGGGGGUAAUCACGUCUUUUCAAUCACAACAAACGCGUCAGAGAGCAGUCUCUUCUUCGCUGGCUCAUUUGUGACCUCGUUUGUUGGCAACGGCUCAGCUCCGCUGAACGGCACGAAUAAUCCAAAUGUCCCCUUCUCCGCUGGAGCUUCUCCAUUCUCCUCUUCUCUUGUGCCGAUUCCGAUACCGGCGUCUGCCAUCCUCCAACCCUCCACCAACUCCAAUAAUCCCGAUUUUGGCAAUAUUCAACGCAUUCUGUGUCCUGCUGGUCCCGAUGGUCCAAAAAAUACCUGGUUUGGCGCUGACGGAACGACCUCAGUCAUCUCAAUCAACACGCAUAGUCGCUUGUCUCUGAGUGGCCUCCGUCUUGGCAACACCUUCCAACCCAAUCAUGGCACGACAGGCUUCUUUGUAACCACUCUGCCUGAUAACAAAGUGCAGUCGCUUCAAUACCUUGACCCCAGCACGAACCAGAAUAAGACCUGUUCAAAUCCCUGUCCUCUUCUCACCGACUCUUCCAUUCUUUACCAAGACUUUCUCUUUAAUGAACCCUUAACAAUCACGGGAGUUGAAAUCCAACUUACCGAGUUCACUGGAGAUGGCCCAGGGUUACAUAUUCUCCAACUUCUUUCCUCGGGGGCCUUCGCGUCUGCCAUCAGCGAUGAGAAUGGACCGUCUUGCUUUGCUCCAAGUGCAUCUAAUAUCAGCUUCACUGGCACGUGGCAGCCUAAGCAGGCGGGUACGAAUAUACCGGGGACAGUACAAACCGUACUUCAGGCCCAAGUAAAUCCUGGCACUUCGCCGUCGAGUGGACCGACAUUCACCUGGAAUCCUUACGUAUCGGCCCCUGGUCAAUAUACGAUCAACAUGCUUGUUCCCGGCUGCACCCAGUUGCAAGACUGUGCUGCGCGUACUUCGGUGAACGUGACAGUUUUCCCGGGAAAUAAUUUGGAGCCUUGGGUGACACCGGUUUCGCAACAGAAUACGGAGGACCAGUCAUUCACUAUCUAUCAAGGACCUAUUCUCCCCACAGGGCCAAACUUCGUGACCACCAUCCACAUGGGCCUUACUGCAGCCCCUUCUGGCCCAGGGGCAAACGGCAAAUUCGUCCUCAUUGCCAACAAAAUCCAGAUGAUACUUGAUGCGGCUGCCAUCAACAGUAGUGUUCCAGCGGGCAGUUCAUCGUCUACUGGUCGUACUCGCAACGGUUUUGGUUUCUUCGAGUGGCCUCUUUCCCAAACAUCAACCAUCGAUGGCACAACUACUUUGACCAAUGCUUCCGAGACCGCCUUGGACACGAUCGGUUUUGCAAUGUUCGGUGCGACCGGUGGGAGUUCGUCCCUCAUCUCGAGUACUUCGUCUGGCAUUGCUACGGUAGUCCAUCAUCCAACUUCAGGUGUCUUUUUGGGCGGAAACUUCUCGUUGUCCUCUGGUUCCGCUUCUGCCUCUGGGAAUAUCGUAUCGUUCAAGAAUGGCGCCUUGGCUACGCUCAGUGGAAACGGACUGAACGGACCUGUAAAUGCGUUGGCUCUCUUCGGCGAUACAUUAUAUGUCGGCGGGUCGUUCACUGACACAAAGACUGCGUCUACCAGUGGUCAUUUGCAUGGCGUUGCCUCCUACAAUGUGCAGACCAACCAAUGGGCAGCUCUUGACGGUGGUGUUGACGGAACUGUUACUAGCCUGAGCAUCGCCAACGGACAAGUUCAAGUUGCUGGAAAGUUCAAAAGUGUCCUCACUCCUUCCGGCGCUCCAGGUGCUGAUGCUGCAGGUUUGGCUACAUGGGACAUCGCGUCAGGUCAUUGGGUCAACAGCGGGGGUUUCCUUGUGGGUACUAUGUCUCUAGUGGCCAACGGGACCUCUGGCUCGCAAAUAGUCGCUGGAAAUGUUUUAGCAUCCCAGAAGUUUGGGGCCUCAGGAAUGGUUCUGAUCCAGAAUAGCAACAACGAUCUCGCCGCCAUCACACCGCUCGGGGUUGCACUCGAAGCAGGCAGUUCUUCGAAAUCGGCUCAAAAUCCGCCAUCAACAUCAAGGAAAAGAAAUACGCAUAUUCGCGCUGGAUGGCUGACCAAACUCACAUUCCCCACGCUUUUUGCUCGACAGUCGACGGUUCCCGCUCCCCUUCCACCAGCGUUACCUGCUCCCGCUCCCGCUGUUCUUGCAGGCGCUUUUUGGACCAAUACCUCUUCGUCGCAUGAGAUUGCUAUUAUUGGUGGCAACUUUUCGUUGUCGUCUUCUCAAGGCCUUGUUCUAUACGAUACCAAGACGCAAUUAAGCUCCAGUAUCGCGGGAGCCCAACUUAAUGGGACAGUGCGCUCUCUCUUGGUUGUCGAUGAUGUCCUUUACGUUGGCGGUGAAUUUACCAUUCCGGGACUCAACGCGAAUGGAUUCGCUGUCUAUAACCUGGCCAAGAAGCAAUGGGAUACAUCGAAUGUGCAGCCACUUCAGGGAAAUUCCGGCUCGAAUGUUGUUGUUCGCUCAAUCACGACUUCCGAGUCUAAGGACAAGACAGUCAUUGUCGCAGGGUCCUUCGCACAAGCAGGGUCACUUCGGUGUCAAGCCAUCUGUUUGUUGGACACGUCCAACAACCAAUGGAACGCGUUAGGCAAUGGUGUUCAGGGAGAAGUUGCUGCUGUUGCUUAUGCGGGGUCGAAUCAAGAAUAUUUGAUCGCCUCUGGCUCUCUUGCUUUGGAUAACUCGGCCGCCAACGUCGCUCAAUUUACCUUCUCCAAUGGCACUUGGGCCCCUAUUGGUUCUGGCUCUCAACUAUCAGGACCGGUUACGGCCGUCGAAGUAAAUGCUGGCAACGUCAGCAGUAUUUUCGCUGCUGGACGAACGAGUGAUUCGUCUUCGUCUUUCUUAUCAUUCUGGAAUGGUGUUGCAUGGACACCUCUCAGCUCAACUCUAGCAAGUAAUACCACCAUCGCGCAGCUUGCCAUGGUUCCCCUCCAAGAUACCCAUUCAGCAAAUGGCAUUAUUCAAUCUGAUAGAAUGCUCAUGAUCUCUGGCUCCCUGGCCGACUCUUCAUUUGGCAGCGCUUCUUCUGUCCUAUUUGAUGGACAAUCAUUCUUCCCCUACAUCGUCUCCUCCUCCGCCUCUGGAGCGGCUGGAACUAUUAGCUCCCUCUUCCACUCCUUCUCCACCUUCAGUUUCACUCAACACAAAUUCCUGGCGACGGGUGUUGUUAUCCUCAUCUCGAUUGCGAUUGCAGCAGGAGUGGUAUUCCUCUUGGCUUUGAUUGGAAUUUUGUGGACAUUGUUCUCGAGGCGUGACGAAAAAGUCAACAAGUUCGAUGCUGCCGCGGAGGACGACGAUGACUCAACCCACCACCGCCCAUCCUCUCUGUUGGAGCAUAUCAACGCUGCCACGCGAACGACGAUAAUCGGGGCGCCAUUUGGCUAUUCUGUCUCAAAGGAAGAUAAACAAGUCGACUCCCGAUCGCAUACCCCAGAGCCAGAUCCAUUCGGGCCAGACGCAAGCAACUACAUGCGUGCCGAGACACCAUCAGAUGCUGUCAUUGCCGGAAUGAUGGCCGAGGAAACGAGUCGACCAGCUCAGGUUCGAUAUUCGUUUGAUGGCACAGGAGAAGGAGAGCUACCAAUAUCGGCGGGAGCCGCAAUAGAGAUCCUAGACGACAGAGACCCUGCCUGGUGGUACGCCCGUGAUGUGAAAACUGGCGCAGAAGGAGUACUGCCAGCAGCGUAUGUGUGGUAG